GAAUUAAAUAAUCCACCAGCAGUGCCAUUGCGUCGUAAAAAAACUUCAUCCAAUAAUAAAUUAUUAAAAAGUAAUUUAUCACCAAAACAACCAAUUAAAAAUAUAAUUAUUUCAUCAGGAGCAUCCAGCAGUAAUAAAUUAAUUAAAGAAGAUAAUGACAAAAAUUUAAUAAAAUAUUCAUCAAAUUUAAAUAAAAAAAAAUUAAAUAUUCCAGUAAUUAAAGAACCAAAAAUCCAAGAGGAUAAAAAAUUAAAAAUUAAAAAUAAUCCUACGCUUUUAUUUACUACCAGAGACUUUGAAAGUGUGAUGGAGCAUUCAGAUAUGAAUAGAGUCUCCCACCAAUUAAACUCUCAAAAAUUUCAAACUAAAAUUAAUAAUGAUGGUAUAAGUGAAGAAACUACAUGUUUUACUAUUACAGCCAGUAAUUUACCUUUUGCGACAUUUAAAAGGGAGCUGACUAAUGAAAAUUUUACAUUAAAUAAAAAUAAAAACCAAAAUGGUUCUUUUGAUUUUGAUUGUGAAAAAAAUAAUAAAUUUUUCCAUGAUUUAAAGAUUCAAAAUUUAGAGAAUGAAUCAAAAGAGUUUAAUUAUGAAAAUAAAAGUGUGAAAAAUGCAAAUAAAAUUGAUAAAAAAAAUCAUUCAAAAACUCCGAAUCAAAUGAAAAAUGAUUUAUUAAACGAGCUUGUUACUAAUUUUAAUGAAUUAAAAUUAAAAAAAAUUUCUAUUCCAAGUCAGGUCACAGAUAAAAAUGAUAGUGACAAGAAAGUGAUGGUAGGAAAAAUAAAUAAUGUUAAUAGUAAUAGUAAUAAAAAUAAUAAUGGAAUAAAUUGUGUAAUAUCUAUGAACAAUAGUGCCUGUAAUAUAGGUAAAAAGACUGAUGAUAAAGAUCUGGAGAUCGAUAAUUACAAUAACGAUACUACUAGUCUUAAACGUAUGAAGAAAAAUAAUAAUCCGCCUAUUUUACCGGCAAAAAUAAUAUCUAAUUUUACGGAUGAUAAAAUUAGUCGUCUUUGUAUAAAUAAUAAUAAUAAUAAUAAUAAUUAUAAUAAUGGUAUUGACAAUAAUAUUAUUGAAAAGACAUAUACAUUACGACGUAAAAAAUCUGGUAGAGUUAGUCACAAUUAUGGAAAAAAUGACCAGAUUAAUAAUUCUAAAAAAAAUAUAAUAAUUAAUAAUAAUAAUUAUAGAAAUGAAAAUAGUGAUAUUGCUUCAGAUUCGUGUGUAGAAAAAGAUAUUAAAAUAAAUAUGAAUGAUAAAAAAAUAGUAGUUGAGAUUGAGCAUACAUUGGUGAAGAAACGUGGGGGUGUGAUUGAUUAUAAAGUUAAUGGUGGUAAAAAUUUGAGUUCAGAUGAAUUUAAUCUAAAGCCAACGGGGUCUUGUUUGAGAAACUCAUCGUCAAUAAGUCAAAUUUGUCACAAAAAAGUUAUGUUCAAUGGCAAUAAAACGACGGGUGCUAAUAAGUUUAAAAAAGUAAAGCGUCGAGCUCCACCACGACCUUUCAGUAAAAGUAAAGGAGCUAUUGAGUGUACGGUGUGUGACAAUCACGAGGAAAAGCAGGAUCUUGGAAAAUUUAAUGAUACCAAUUUUGGAAAAAUUAGACGAUUGACUAGUGAGGCGUACUCCCAGCCUACAAAUGAAGAAAACUCACCAAGACACAAUGUUAAGUCAGGUAAAAACCGAAUUGUUCUUUUUCAAUCCCUAUUUAAUAAUAGAGUAUGUAAAUAUUGUGUAAAAGUGAACAAAUGA